UCCUCAUUCGUGUAUGUUUGACGACCUUUGCUUCGCUGGUAGUUUCGUGCUGUCCGAAGAAGUCGGGUUGAGGUUUUUAGUUUAGUGAGAAGCCUGAAAUAGUUCCAGCCAUUGCAUUUUUAGUGCACCACCCCGCGGCAUACAAGAGUGUGGAUAAAUCGAAGCAGCGAAAAAAUAAAGUAGUGUGUUGGUGUGUGCCACGGAGAAGUAGCUCGAGGUGUUCUGUGUGCAGAGCUGGUACGGAACGCGAGAAAGCUAACAACCGUCGUCGUCGGUUGACGAGACGGUAACGGGAACGGAGUGGAGGAAAACAACAGAAGAGCGACAACAUAAAAGUAGUUACAGCAAACCCUCCGUGUGCGGUGUUGUUUUGCGGGAGAAACCCGACUAGGCCCCCGCAAGGAUGGAUUACUUUGUGAAGGGAAGCAUAGUAAACAUUAAACGAAGCGAUGGUCGCGUACAUUCCGCGAUGGUGUCCCGUAUCCACGAGGCGUCACGCUCGGUCACCGUGGAAUGGUACGAGCGUGGCGAAACCAAGAGCAAGGAAGUCGAGCUGGAUAUGCUGCUCGAGCUGAACAAACCGGAACUGCUGGCCGACGCGGCCAAUAGCGAUUCGACGCUAGUGCCACAGAUCAACAAAAAGGACCACAUCACUCCGGCACCAACGAACCUUGCUCGGAAUGCUACACAAGGUGCAAUCAGCAGGCUCAACAUGGUAAAUGGAGCUGCCAGGGCAGCCCGAACCUCACUGGCACCAACCUACACCGGGCAGGACCAGUCCGAAAACAUUCCUCCGCAGAAAGCCAAACAGGCAAAGGCACAACCACCAACCAGCCGCAUGUCAAUGGUUUCCCAGCCGACACCGGCCGCUGUUAGCCAGAUUUCUCAAUCCGUCGCGGCGGCAACGACAGCAGCCCAGCUUAGUCAGGCCGCCAGCAAUUCGCGGCGAUCGUAUGUCGUCAAGGAGGUCGAACGGUUGAAGGAGAAUCGGGAAAAACGACGAGCCAAACAGGCCGUCAUACGAGAGGAAAAGAAUGCUCUCAUGAACAUGGAUCCGGGUAACCCGAACUGGGAACUGGCAGCAAUGAUCCGCGAUUAUCAGAGCCAAAUCGAUUUUCGGCCGUUGUUGGAUGGGCAAGUCAUUGAGGACCACCAGAUUACGGUUUGUGUCCGCAAGCGACCGGUCAGUCGGAAGGAGAUGAUGCGCAAGGAGCUGGAUGUGAUUUGUGUGCCUACGAAAGAUACGUUGAUAGUUCACGAACCCAAAACUAAGGUUGAUUUGACCAAAUUUUUGGAGAACCACAAUUUUCGAUUCGAUUACGCGUUCGAUGAUUCCUGUAGCAAUGAGUUGGUUUACAAGUACACCGCCAAGCCGUUGGUCCAGACGAUCUUCGAAGGUGGCAUGGCCACCUGUUUCGCCUACGGUCAAACCGGUUCCGGCAAAACCACGAUGGGCGGUGAUUUCAAUGGGAAGGUACAGGACUGCAAAAACGGUAUCUACGCUAUGGCGGCCAAAGACGUUUUCGCCUAUCUAAACAGCGCAAAGUACAGCCAUCUUAAUCUAGUGGUAUCGGCGAGUUUCUUCGAGAUCUACAGUGGAAAGGUAUUCGAUCUUCUAUCGGACAAGCAGAAACUUCGCGUCCUCGAGGACGGCAAGCAGCAGGUGCAGGUCGUCGGGCUCACCGAGAAGGUGGUCGAUUCCGUCGAGGAGGUUCUCGGUAUAAUCAACCACGGCAACAGCACCCGUACCUCGGGUCAAACGUCGGCCAAUGCCAACUCUUCGCGGUCCCAUGCCGUAUUUCAACUGGUGGUUCGACCGAGCGGUUCCACCAAAAUUCACGGCAAAUUCUCCUUCAUCGAUUUGGCCGGUAACGAGCGGGGAGCGGACACAUCUUCCGCCAACAGACAGACCCGUAUGGAAGGGGCCGAGAUUAACAAAUCGCUGCUAGCGCUGAAGGAGUGCAUCCGAGCGCUGGGCAAGCAGAAUGCUCAUCUGCCGUUCCGUGUCAGCAAGCUGACGCAGGUACUGCGAGAUUCCUUCAUUGGAGAGAAAAGUCGAACCUGUAUGAUUGCGAUGAUUUCGCCGGGACUGAGCUCGUGUGAGCACACGCUGAAUACGCUGCGGUAUGCGAACCGCGUCAAGGAACUGGUUGCCAUUGAUCCGUCCGAGCGGUCGGACGAUGUUGCACCGAUGGAAAGUGAUGAGCCAAAGAAUGGGGUCCUAACGGAGAAUGAUUUGACCCAGCUGCGGUCGUUGAAUGAACACGAUAUGUCGGUUGAGUUGUACAACCAGCACGCGGCCAUUUCGGACCUGCAGCAAACGGAGGAGGAAGUAGUGGAUCAUCAUCAGAAGGUGAACGAAUUCCUGAUGAAGUUUUUGCCCGAAUCCCGGGAGCUUUACAAACAGACCAACUACGUGGACUACGAUCAGGACGCAUACUGCAAACGUGGCGAGGAACUGUUCACCCAGCUGGCGGAGAUUGCGACCACCUGCAAGGAUCUGAUGUCGGAGUUCCGCGCCAAGCUGGCCAAGGAGGAGAUGCUGUCGCACAAGAUUAACCCCGAACGAAAGUAUAAGUAGUAAGCCCAAUGGAACUAACAAACAGUGCAGCGCUUGUUGUCCGUGCGUGUGUAUGUGUGUGUGUGCGUACCUUUCUGUGGUUGGUUCUUUUUUUCUGCUUUUGUUUUUUGAUGGUUGGUGCAACAAACCGAUGCGCCUCCCCCCGGCAGCUGUGCUCCCAACUUGAUCCGCUUGUACCGUUUCGGCGACGGCGGGUUUAUAUCUCUGAACAGGAAAAUGUUGAAAAAUUGUUACGAAAAAUAAAACCACAAAGCAAAACGCGCUAUAACGGCAGUACUGAUGAACCAAGACAAGGAAGUCGUGUAGUAG